AUGCAGAAUCCAACAGACACAUCACCAAUGCUCAUCGCUAUAAAUGCAACCUCGCAAAUCCACCUCAUCAUCGGCACAAACUCGCUGGCCGCAGCCCGCUGUACCAAGAGUCUACAAUCCGGCGCACGACCUAUUGUGAUUGCUCCAGAGACCAGUGGUGUACACUUUUCGCUCAAGGAUUGCAUAGAGAAAGAGCAAGUACAAUGGAUACAGAGGGAGUUUCGGGAUGAGGAUUUGAAGACGUUGGGUCGAGAGGAGGUUGAUUAUGUUGUUGAUGCGGUUUUUGUUACGGGUGGUGACCAUAAUCUCAACACACGCAUAUCCCAACUCUGCAAACGAAUGCGAAUCCCGGUCAAUGUGACCGAUGCCCCCGAUCUAUGCUCCUUCACAAUACUAUCCACAUACUCCGACGGCCCACUACACAUUGGCAUCACAACGUCCGGCCGAGGAUGUAAGCUCGCCUCACGCCUCAGGCGCGAGAUCUCUUCUUCGCUGCCCGCUAAUCUAGGACCUGCAAUUGACCGCUUGGGUACAUUGCGACGACGAUUAUGGGAGGAAGACCACCAACAACAAUCAUCCGAACACAAACUGGAUGAUGAAGACGAGGACGUCGCGACUCAGAGUCACACAUUCAAUAAACUUGUCACAGCUGAAGAUGAGCAAACCGCAAAAACGAGAAGGAUGAGAUGGCUGGCCCAGAUUUGCGAGUAUUGGCCUUUACAACGGUUAGCGUCGAUUUCGGAUUCGGAUAUUGAUUCUAUCCUCACGGCAUACUCGCGCGAUAGAUCCAGUGACUCUGAUAUUGGGGCAGUCACAAAUGGCGAGACUAGCACAAAGAGAGGCAAAAUUGUUCUCGCGGGAUCGGGGCCGGGACAUCCUGAUUUGCUCACCCGCGCAACGUACAACGCUAUCAAGAAUGCGGAUAUUAUUCUCGCUGACAAACUUGUGCCUGCUCCGGUACUUGAGCUCAUUCCUAGACGAACAGAAGUUCAUAUCGCGCGGAAAUUUCCUGGAAACGCAGACCAGGCACAAGAAGAGUUCUUACAAAUGGGGCUGAAAUCUAUUCGAGAAGGCAAAUACGUUCUGAGAUUAAAACAGGGUGAUCCGUACCUAUACGGCCGCGGCGGCGAAGAAUUCACCUUCUUCCGCGAAAAGGGAUACAUCCCUACAGUUCUACCUGGUAUCACAAGUGCACUGAGCGCGCCACUGUUUGCCGAUAUCCCAGCUACGCAUCGCGGUGUCGCAGAUCAAGUUCUCGUAUGCACUGGCACAGGCCGAAAGGGCGCUGCACCCGAACCACCGACUUAUGUUCCCACGCAGACUGUCGUGUUCUUGAUGGCGUUGCAUAGACUGAGUGAUCUGGUGGUUAGUCUGACCUCAACACCACCCUCGGAGGAAGAAAGCAAGAGGAUGCUGUGGCCGAAGAGUACGCCCUGCGCUGUCGUGGAGAGGGCAUCGUGUCCUGAUCAAAGAAUCAUUCGCACGACGUUGGAACAUGUGUGUCAGGCUGUGGAGUGCGAAGGGUCCAGGCCUCCUGGCCUGCUGAUUGUGGGUGCAAGCUGUCAUGUCUUGCACUCGCCGGAGGAUCAGAAAUGGGUUGUCGAGGAUGGAUUUAGGGGACUGGAUGAUUUGGGUGUCGAUGGGGAUUUUCUGAGUGAUGAGCCCAAGAAGCAGGACUAG